AUGUCCACAACUACAGCACCAGUGCCAGCUGUGACGACAAUCUUCACACCUCCUGCCUCGUGCUUGGACUCGACUUACACGCUCAGACCUCAGGGCAUCGACUAUACUAGUGAUCGCGAUACGCAGACUCUGAUCAAGGCAUACAGUACAGAGUGUUAUCCUUCGCAAGCUACACUGAGCGACGGUUAUGUAUUCGUCUCGCCUGGCUUGUGCCCUUCUGCAUGGACAAUAGCGUCGGGAUUGCGAGUGUCUGAUGACUUUUACCACUGCGGCUCUUGGCCUUCAAUGAGCUCCGUGAUCCUGCUAUCUGAGCGGACUGCGAUUGCUACAGAAGUGUUCCCUCGACAAACGCCAUAUAUGAUUGCAUGGCAGAACAGUGAUCUAUCAAUCCUUCAGCACCAUCCUACAGCGACAGGUACUUUUGAUAUUCCAACUGGAUCAACAAUCCCAGCAGCUACCACGAUAACACCAACUCCCUUCGCAGACGCAGACUCGGGUACAUCAAGCAGUCCAAAUCUAGCAACAUCAACGAACGCCCUCGAUGCGCAACGUGUAGAGCUGUCGACAGGCGCAAAGGCAGGGAUCGGCGUCGGGGUCGCGGCUGGAGUGAUGAUACUGGUGUUGGUAGCUUUCCUGUUCUGGCGGAGGAGGAGGAAACAAAGAGCCGCCGCUGCACAGCACGCACCCAUACCACAGGAGGACUUGACUCCGGAGGUACAUGGCGAGCACAGGCACAUGUACCAGCUCGGUGACGAGGGGAUUAUACACCAAGCAGGAGCAGGCAAGAAGUCAACUGAGAUCUAUCAAGCGGGAGACGGCAAGAAAUCAGUCCGACACGACUAUUACAGUACCGGUCGCUGCGAUAGCCUAAGACAUAUACAACCAGCAGGUAUGUUGCGCAGCGAUAUCGAAACCUAUUAA